AUGGAGACAUACUUGGAUGCUUUAGAUCUAUGGGAAGUUGUGGAAGAGGAUUACGAUGUUCCAACCCUACCGAAUAAUCCCACCAUGGCUCAGAUUAAAGCACACAAGGAAAAGAAGACAAGGAAAUCAAAGGCCAAAGCAUGUCUCUUUGCUUCUGUAUCGUCAACAGUUUUCACACGAAUAAUGUCUCUGAAAACUGCUAAAGAAGUAUGGAAUUAUCUUAAGGAAGAGUAUGAGAGAAUAAAAGGUAUGCAAGUUUUAAACUUAAUUAGGGAAUUUGAAUUGCAAAAAAUGAAGGAUUCUGAAACAGUAAAGGAGUAUUCAGAUAGACUUCUUAAUAUUGCAAAUAAAGUGAGGCUACUUGGCUCUACACUAGCCGACCCAAGAAUUGUUGAGAAGAUUCUGGUAACAGUUCCUGAAAGGUAUGAAGCAACAAUUACGACCUUAGAAAAUACUAAGGAUUUGUCAAAAAUUAGAUUGACGGAGUUGCUCAAUUCCUUGAAAGCUCAAGAGCAAAGAAGACUCAUGAGACAGGAUGUUACAACAGAAGGGGCUUUGUCACUUGGACAUGAGGCGGUGAUUUGCAAAAGUAAAGCCCCACAACAGGAAGAAAAUGCUCAAGUUGUUGAUCAAGAAGAGAAGGAUCUUCUUUUUGUUGCAACAUGCUUCUCAA